CCACCAUAUAUACCAUUUUGACCAUCCUGACCAUCCAAGAUUGACAUCUAUUUUUUUUUCUUAUUUACCUACGCAAGCACCCAAGGUAUGCACAUUGGCUUGCAUUGCGCCUAGGAUCAGCAAAGCUAGGUUUAUAGGUUUCGUUACAUUCGCUCCUUCUCUCACGCAUCCAAAUUCUUGUCACGAGAUGGCUACGUCCGGCAAAACAUUCUCCCUCGAAGGGAGGGCCCUAAAGUUGGACACAGCCCAAGACCUUGAAUCCUAUAUAGGGCCACUACGGGCUAUGGAUGAUGUCGAGGAGGUACGCAUUCUCGGGAACACGUUAGGUGUUGAGGCCUGCAAGCUUCUGGGAGAAGUCUUGGCCACGAAGAAGUCUCUGAAGGUCGCAAAUCUGGCUGACAUAUUUACUGGUCGCCUACUAAACGAGAUCCCCGAGGCGCUUUCGUCUCUACUCACGUCUAUCCUUAACCUGCCUAACCUCCGUACCAUAAAUCUAAACGAUAAUGCAUUCGGCCUCAACACUCAGGCGCCUUUAGUCGCUUUCUUGUCCAGCCAUGUCCCACUCCAGCACCUGUACCUCAACAAUAACGGAUUGGGACCCCAUGCGGGUAUACUUGUCGCCGAUGCACUUUCGACACUCCAUGCAAAGAAGGAAGAAGCCAGAAAGGCCGGACAGGAAAUCCCCUAUCUGGAGACCGUCAUCUGUGGUCGUAAUCGAUUGGAGAAUGGAAGUAUGCUUGCUUGGGCUAAGGCCUUCAGUCUUCAUAACAAGGUUAAGGAAGUGAAGAUGGUUCAAAAUGGCAUUCGACAAGAAGGAAUUGAACAAUUACUCACCGCCGGCUUGAAUUGUACUACUGAGCUCAGGAUUCUAGAUUUACAAGACAAUACUUUCACGUACAAGGGCGCAAGAGCACUGGCGAAAGUUGUCCCACUUUGGGCGGAAAUACAAGAUCUCGGCGUCGGCGACUCAUUACUCAGUGCUAAGGGUAGUGUCCUAGUUGCUAACGCCCUUGGUAGGGGUCGAAACCGAAAGCUGGAAACACUCCGCCUACAGUACAACGAUAUUACAUCUAUGGGAGUCAAAGGGUUUGCAUCCGCGGCGAAGGACGGCUUGCCGUCUCUAAAGAGAAUUGAACUCAAUGGCAACAAGUUCUCGGAGGAUGACGAAUCCAUCUUGGCUCUUCAAGCGCUCCUAGAUGAACGAAAGGAGAAAUAUGGCGGAGAUAUUGUUGAUGAAGACGCUUGGGGUGUCGAUGACUUGAGCGACCUCGAGGAAUUAGAUUCGGACGAUGAGGGUGAGGAUGAGGAUGAGGAUGGGGAAGAGGAAGAGAUAUCUUCUGAGACGGCCGAGAAGUUGGUUAAAGAGGCUGAGGAAGCCCAAGAGCAACCUACUGCCCAGCUUAAGGACGACGAGAUCGUUGCUCUCGCUGAGAAGCUAGAACGUACUGGAAUCUAGACAAUCGCAUACCACGACACGGUUCACGAAUUUUCGAGCAUUGGACGGAGAUAAUGGGACGACGAUACCCCGGUCUUAGAUAGUCGGCAGUCUACAUUCCCCCAUAGGCCGUAAACUGAUAUUGAUUUCUCCAAUGAAAAAAAAAUGGCAUAAAAAAGGCAUGCCUACAUGAUCUGAAUAAUACUAUAUAUUUCUCUCGGUCGCUUGGUCUCGCGCUACUAAAUUACCCUCCAUAUGCGUAGCGUUACACAUAGAUAAGCUGACCGUGCCGUUUCAAGAAUUGUUCGACCCAUAGAAGUCGAGAUAAAAAUAGUACGACCACGUGCCAACUAAAUCGAAAAGAGAAUCGUUGGCU